AUGGGCGGCAGUGAGACGAUUCAAUUCCUCGUUAUCCCGAUCAUUUACACCAUCGUGGUGAUCAUAGCCCUCCCGCUGAACGCGCUCGCCAUAUGGGUGCUUUGCACGAGUAAGAAGAACUCCAUGUCUGUCUACAUGCUCAACCUCGCUGCCGCGGACGUCUCCUUUCUGCUCUGUUUGCCAAUGAAAAUCGUUUAUCAUUUCCGCAUGAACAACUGGACCCUGCAGGACCUCCUGUGCCGCAUGUACAUCGUCGUCUUCUUCACAAACGCCUAUACGACGCCAAUGUUCUUGGCUGCCAUCAGCCUGGACCGGUACAUGGCCAUAGUGCAUCCUCUCGUGGCCUCCCAGUGGCGCGAGCCCAGAGCAGCGUGGCUUCUGUGCCUCCUCAUCUGGCUCAUCAGCAUUUCCAGCAUCAUCCCCGUCAGCACCGUCACCGUGCUCAGCUAUGCCAACGUCACCACCACCAGCAGCAGCAACAACAGCAGCAGUGGCAGCGCUCCGUCCAUCAGAUGCUACGAACAAUUCACGGAGAAGGAUGUGGAGUUCCUGAUCCCGUACAGACUCUACGUGUUUUUUUCACUAUAUUACACCUCGCUGGUUAUAACGUUGUUUUCGUACGGAAAUGUUCUAAAAAUUCUCAUUCUCAACGGACAUCGGCAACUCACGACGAGUCGAAACAAAAAAAUCCGAGCUGCCAAGAUGACCGUCGUCAGCUUAAUCAUUUACAUCGUCUGUCUCACGCCGUACAACUGCACGCACGUCAUCGGCUUCAUUGAGAGCAAGACGAACGCCUUCUCUCUCAACAGCAUCGCCCUCCUGAGAGACAUCACCCUGUGCCUCAGUGUGCUGAACAGCAUCUUUGAGCCGCUGCUGGUAUACACCGGGUCGUCUUCGUUUCGUAAAUCGCUCCAAGGGAUUCUAAAAUGCACAGGCAAUGCCAAUCAAGUGUCUCCCAUUCAUAUUUAG